ACCAUGAACAAUUCCAUGUGGGUUGAGUGGAAGACUCUGAAUACAAGCAGUGGCGUGAAUGUAUCUGAGCACCACUCCUGCCCAUUUGGAUUUGGACACUACAGUGCCAUUGACAUCUGCAUUCUUGAGACUAUCAUUAUUGUCUUACUAACGUUUUUAAUUAUUGUGGGCAAUUUGACAGUAAUUUUUGUCUUUCACUGUGCUCCAUUAUUACAUCAUUACACUACCAGCUAUUUUAUCCAGACUAUGGCGUAUGCUGAUCUCUUUGUUGGGGUUAGCUGCUUAGUUCCUACUUUAUCAUUGCUUCACUACUCUACAGGUGUACAUGAGUCCCUGACUUGUCAAGUUUUUGGAUACGUCAUCUCUGUACUGAAGAGUGUUUCUAUGGCUUGCCUUGCUUUCAUUAGCGUAGAUCGCUAUCUUGCUAUCACGAAGCCCCUCUCCUACAACCAGUUGGUCACACCAUGUCGAUUGAGAAUCUGCAUCAUUUUGAUUUGGCUUUACUCCUGCCUGAUCUUCUUGCCUUCUUUUUUUGGUUGGGGAAAGCCGGGUUAUCACGGAGACAUUUUUAAAUGGUGCGCAACCUCUUGGCUUACUAAUGCCUACUUCACUGGUUUUAUUGUAUGCUUACUGUAUGCUCCAGCUGCCUUCAUCAUCUGUUUUACAUACUUUCACAUCUUUAAAAUCUGUCGGCAGCACACCAAAGAGAUAAAUGACAGGAGAGCUCGUUUCCCUACAGAUGAAGUGGAUACUGAUGCUGAAACUGGACAUAGCCCUGACCGUCGCUAUGCUAUGGUUUUAUUUCGUAUAACUAGUGUGUUUUAUGUGCUCUGGCUCCCCUACAUCAUAUACUUCAUGUUAGAGAGCUCUAGGGUGCUAGAAAAUACAGCCCUCUCUUUCGUAACAACAUGGCUUGCUAUAAGCAAUAGUUUUUGCAACUGUGUUAUAUAUAGCCUCUCAAACAGUGUUUUCAGGCUGGGACUUUGGAGACUAUCAGAGACAGUAUGUUCAUCUUGUAUACGUAAAAAAGACAGCAUUGUUCAAGACCCAGUUCCUAGAAAACGAGCUAAUUCUUGUUCUAUCUAA